CCUGCUCACCCCGGAGCUCCUAGACCAACCCCAGCCUCUCCUGAUCAAAGCCCCCCUGCUCUGGGACAUGGCCGGCCUCCUCUGCGGGACCAAGCAGCGCAAACAAGCGAGUGAUCUGCAGGAAGAAGGGAAGCAUGCCAUCAACGCCCCCCUCCAGCCCUCCAGCACCCAGGUCCUUCCGGAGGACACGCUGCUCGAGGAGAACGCUGAGCGGACCAUGCUGGACCCCACGUCCAGGGACAGCACCAGGCUUAAAGAACUGCUGAAGGUGCUGAUUGACUGGAUCAACAGCGAACUGGUGGAGGAGAGGAUCAUUGUGAAGGACCUGGAGGAAGAUUUGUACGACGGUCAGGUUCUGCAGAAGCUGUUCGAGACGCUGUCCGGGCGGAAGCUGAACGUCGCCGAGGUAACGCAGUCGGAGGUCGGGCAGAAGCAGAAGCUGCAGACGGUGCUGGAGGCGGUGAACGAGCUGCUCCGGCCCCACGGCUGGGCCAUCGAGUGGAGCGUGGACGCCAUUCACUCCAAGAACCUGGUGGCCAUCGUCUACCUGCUGGUGGCGCUGGUCAUACAUUUCCAGGCCCCCGUCCGCCUCCCCGAGCAGGUGACCGUACAGGUGGUGGUUGUCAAGAAAAGAGAGGGCAUCCUGCACUUGUCCCAUGUGACCAAGGAGCUGACCUCCACCACCGAUAUGAUGAUGGGAAGAUCUGAGAGAGAUGCGUUCGACACGCUGCUAGAUCACGCCCCUGACAAACUCAACGUCGUUAAGAAGUCUCUCAUCACCUUUGUGAACAAACACCUUAACAAGCUGAACUUGGAGGUGACAGAGCUGGAGUCCCAGUUUGCAGACGGCGUGUACCUGGUGCUCCUCAUGGGCCUGCUGGAAGACUACUUCAUCCCCCUGUACCACUUCUUCCUCACCCCGGAGAGCUUUGAGCAGAAGGUUCACAACGUCUCCUUCGCCUUUGAGCUGAUGCAGGACGGGGGGCUGAGGAAGCCCAAGGCUAGGCCUGAAGAUGUGGUCAAUUUAAAGCUGAAGUCCACUCUGAGGGUCCUCUACAAUUUGUUCACCAACUACAAAGAUUCGGAGUAGCAUCUCAACCGCUUGGGCUGGGGGGGAGGGGGAGGGGGAGGGGAAGGUGGCGCUGGUCCAUGGAUGAGGCUUGGGCUGAUGGGGGGGCUUUCGGGCCCACAGAGACGCAAAGCCGUCAGGGCUGGGGGACGGUUUUUGGAAUGGCGUGAUUUUCCUGAAACCCCACGUGCGAAUCAAAAUGCGUCGGGUUUCAGUGUUGGCCGUUUACGGAUCUUGCAUGACUCUUGUCUUUUCUUACAGGCUUGCAUUCUGUAGCUGUAUGCCAUUUUUAAAAAGUUGAUAACUGAUAGUCAGACGAGCUGUAGUGAAACUGGAUUUUUAUAAAAAUGAAAACUGGAUUUGAUCUGACGUGGUUUUACAAUGUUAAGUGUUGCAGCUGCAGACUGUAUGUAUCGUCAGUGGAAAUGUUUUACUGUGGUUUGAUAACUACGAACCUGCACUGGCGUCUUCAGUUUUGAAAAUUUUGCCAGAAUGACUGGUGGCAUUCCCUUACGUCAUAGAUGUCUAACUCCUGUCCCGAAGGCUGCAGUGUCUGCUGGUUUUGGGGGCAUUUCAACAUAAGUGAUUCAUUUAAGUCAUUGGCUGGCAAAAGAGUCCACGCAAUGUUUUCUCAAAGCUUUAAUUUGGUGCCGAUUUCAAGAAAACCGCAAAUACCAUCAGACACCGUGGCCCUCUAGAGUUGGGAGUUUGACACCCCCUGCCAUAUGCAAGUCACUUUUGAUAAUAUAUAAAUAUAUGAUAAUAUGAUAAGUAUAUGAUAAAUGCCUAAAUGCAAUAUGUUUCCUCACCAUAUUUGACACAAAAACCUCUUUUGGGUAAAGCAACUUCAAAUAGCUUUUUCAAAAACUGUACUUUUUAAAAUGCAUUGUGGCAACUUAAAGAUAAGUUUUUUUGUUUUUUUUCUGCUCUCAUGUUUGAUUAAAUGAGUUCCUAAAUCAAGUGGGAAAACAUGUAAAUCGGUCUGUCUGUCUCUUUCGUCUGCGUUCGUUUGGUUGAUUGUGUGUCAUUUCUUGUCGUGGUUGGAGGGCGUUUGUUGUUGUCACGGUACCCUCGUUUCUGUUUGGGAAAGCCCUUCUGCUGCCAAUAAAUGCACCAGCUGUGUCAACCCACCUCUCUA